UGUUACCCAAAUAACUUUGCUGAGAACUCAAGCAAUGGGUGCUCAUAUACUGACCAAAGCCAAUGUUACCCCAAUAACUUGGCUGAGAACUCAAGCAAUGGGUGCUCAUAUACUGACCAAAGCCAAUGUUACCCCAAUAACUUGGCUGAGAACUCAGGCAAUGGGUGCUCAUAUACUGACCAAAGCCAAUGUUACCCCAAUAACUUGGCUGAGAACUCAGGCAAUGGGUGCUCAUAUACUGACCAAAGCCAAUGUUACCCCAAUAACUUGGCUGAGAACUCAAGCAAUGGGUGCACAAACUCCCAACAGCAGGAUCACUGGAGAGCAGAGCGCAGACCCAUGACUUACUCUCACAACGCGAGUCCUGGACGACUGAAGGCACUUGCACACAUGUAGAGAGCAGGUAAAGACAGCGUCCAGGGGAAUUCCACCCAUGCCAUAAUAAAGCAAACACCUUCAGCAGAUCCCACUAUUCACCAGAUAGUUCGAGAAAUUUAGAGAAAUGAACCAAAAAAAAUGCAUGACUGCGGAAUACUAAUACACAUAAUUGCAAGGCUGGACAAAUGUCAUUAUAUCAUAUAUAUAUAUGAUGAGGACCAGAUCUGAGCAUAUGUCUCACAGUUCAAAACAUAUUGGUUUCUUCAAAACAAUAAAACAAAAGAGAGAAAAAUCAUCCACUCAGUGAUUAUAUCCAGUCUGUAAGUGUCACACGGCAACAAGAUAGUGGCCACUCUUGAGAUGGAAUGGAAUGUACCAGCAAGGAAACUUACUACCUACCCUAACAAGUUAACAAAUAAAUAUACUUUCACUAGUAGGAUGAGCACAGCCCCAUAUAUCGAUCAUCUCUUCCAUCUCUUGUGCCCACAGUCAGGGACAGCAGUGAUUAUCCACGGGCAAUAAGGGGCUUCAUCUAGACCUACUCAGUGGCACCAGAGAGAGUGAUGUAGUGCUGAUUCAGCAGGUGCCUAAAUCAAACUCCGAGACAGGAAAACUGCAUAUUUCAUUAUUGUCCGCAUCCACACCCAAGCACUGCUGUGAGCGAGCCCCUUCUUCAGCAUGCAGCUGUGAUAUGAUUAAAUGGGGAACAUGUAUCAUCAGCAUUCUGGAUUCUGGAUUCAUUGCUCAUUCUUUUUCUCAUCGGUUUAAUCAUCAACUCAUGCUCCCUCCCCCAUCUGAGUGGAGGUAUAUAACAGUGGUCCUCAGUCUGUUUGGAUAUCGUCCUCACACGAGACCAGAGAGGGAGAGGAGAUAGAGAGAGAGAGAGAGAGAGAGGGGGAGAGAUAGAGAGAGAGAGGAACAGAGGGAGAAAGACCUAUCAGACAGGCAGAUUAAUGUUGAGACUCAGAUAGAACAAAAAAAAAAAAAGACAGCAAGAAUAACAACAUACUCAAGAGACCGGCAAAUUGAACUAAGCCAAGACAAGGAAGCACAGGACAGAGUAAGUAAGAAUGAAGCCCCUGUGUGUGUUAUUACUGCUGCUGGGUCUGUGCAGUGCUGCUGCUGCUGAAGGUCUUCCGGCACCUUCCAACCCCGUCACCAAUGCCCCCAUCCUCCCACCUGAUGCUCCUGGUCAAGGGAAAUCGCGAUUUGCUAUGCUGGACGACGUCCGCCUCCUGGCCAACGGUCUCCUGCAACUGGGACAGAGCCUGCGGGAGUUUGUGCACAAGACCAAAGCCCAGAUCAACGACAUCUUCGAGAAGCUCAACAUCUUCGACCGCUCCUUCUACCAGCUGUCGGUGGUCACCAGCGAGAUCAAGGAGGAGGAAGAGGAGCUGAAGAAAACCACCACCUUCCUGAAGGUGAACAACGAGGAGAUCCGGAACCUGUCGCUGGAGAUUAACUCCAAGAUCGACGGCAUCCUCCAGGAGCGCUCGCAGCUGCAGACCAAGGUGGGGGGGCUGGAGGAGAAGCUCAAGGGGCUGUCCCAGAGCAUGGCGCCCGCCGACCAGAUCCAGGAGAUGACAGCGCUCAAGGAUGUGAUCGAGUCCCAGGAGAGGACUAUCACAGACCUGCUGACAGCUGUCCGGGGGCAGAAUGAGCAGCUCAACUAUCAGAGCAGCAAGAUUAAGAGUCUGGAGGACAAGCUUAACUUUGACCCUUUCCAAGAGACUGCCGAAAAACCACCGAAUUCUCAAUCUGAUCCUCCAAGUGUUCUCCAUUACCUCCCAGAGAUCUCGACAAACGGCAGCAUGAACUCUUCUGAUCUUCCCAUGGACUGCAGUGAGAUCUUCAACCAAGGACAGAGGAACAGUGGUGUGUAUGCCAUCAAGCCAAAUCAAUCGAAGCCUUUCAACGUCUUCUGCGAGAUGAGCUCUGAUGGCGGUGCUGUUGUCAUUCAGCGCAGGGAGGAUGGCUCAGUGGAUUUUGACCAGACCUGGGAGAAGUACAAGAAAGGCUUUGGGGACUUACAGCAGGAGUUCUGGCUGGGCCUGGAGAAGAUCUAUGCCAUCGCCAGGCAGAGGGAGUACAUGAUGCACAUCCAGCUGGAAGACUGGAAGCAGGAGACGCGCUCCAUCGCCUACCUGUUCACGCUGGACGGGCCCGCCACCGACUUCACCCUCCACCUGACACACUUGAGGGGAAACCUGACGGACGCCAUGAGCAACCACACGGGCAUGAGGUUCUCCACCAAAGACCGAGACAACGACAACCACGAGGACUCCAACUGCGCUCGCAACUACACCGGUGGCUGGUGGUUCAACGCCUGUGGAGACACCAACCUUAACGGCAGGUACUUAUGGCUCAAGUCCCGCGGGCGCUCCCUGAGGAGGAAAGCCAUCUACUGGAAACCAGGGAGGGAGAUCUCCUACACCUUAAAGUCCACCAAGAUCUCCAUGCAACCAGCACCCCGACGCCACUGAACUCCAGACUCUGCGGUCCCAGUCAGAACCCACUGAUAAGCAGAUGUUCACACACAACUGGGACUCAUUUCAGACUGAUACAACAUCAUCGUGUCAAUGAUCUCUUACCAGAGGACUUCAGGCAGACCAGCAACAGUUUAGUAAGGCAUACGUGUUCAAGUCCAGACCUGUAGGUGCUACACUUCCAGUGAAAUACUUCCCUUUCUGUAAGCAUAGAUGUUUCCCAUACUAAGAGCAUAGAAUAGACAAAUAUGUUACUGUGACUGAUAGGCAUGCUGCAUACACGGCUUCUUCCUGGGCCAGACCAGUCAGACCAUGGACAAGUAGUAGCACACCACUGAUCUGGUCCGAACCUAAUACAAGGCCAUCACUGCAUUCCAUUUGUUAUAGUAUAGGCAACAAGACCAACGCAAGCAUUGUUUUACAUUGUUGAACCAGAUGCAACCGAAUGUGUGUGUGUGUUUGGAAGAAACAAUUAGCCAUAUAGUAUAGAAAUUUCACUUUAUUUUUUUAUACCGUCUUAUAACUUGUAUUUAAGGUGUAACUAAUGUAUAGUGUAUUUAAACCAUUUUCAUAACCAUUUCACAACAGGGGCUUUGGCAUCUGCUUGUCCUCAUGACCGAGUCAUAUUGACUCUUGCGAUAUUAUUCUGCAUACAUGGCUGUACUGUAUGUAUUUGUUCACUGAGACUUUCUCUUGCCCAAUUAGAGCAAAGUCUAAUCAUAUUUAUAAUGAAAAUACACUUGCAAUAUAUAUAUAUAUAUAAAGAGUCAAA